AUGAAUUUCGGUUUUCGCGGUAGGCUCCAGGACUAUUCUCAGAAAAUCGAAGUUCGUCAACUGCGGGCUUUUUUUUCUAUCACUGUAGCCCGCGUCUACACUUGGUCUAAACUUGGGCAAACUAAAGCACUGUGUGCAAGCGUUUACUAACAAACUAUAAUAUUGCUAUAUCAAAUAAUACUUAACAGUUCAACUGACAUGUGUCAGUGUCAAAAGAUGAAGUAUGAACUAAAUCCCGGUAAAGUGAAGCAAAGUGCCGCGUUUUCUUGAUUUUAUGCUGUUUUGCUAUAGUUUUUAAUAUAAUUUGCUAAACUAAUCUGACAGAAAAAUGCAGGCCUUUCUCAAAACUGGGAAAAUAUCAGCCUCAGCUAAGCAGACUCCGUCCGGCACCAAACCAACAAAGAAGAAACCACCGGCACCAUGGGUCGAGAAAUACCGUCCAAAAACUAUUGACGAUAUCGUAGAUCAGGGAGAGGUAGUUCAAGUGUUGAGAGAAUGCUUGUCGGGCGGUGAUCUGCCGCACCUAUUGUUCUACGGGCCGCCGGGCACGGGCAAGACGAGCGCCAUCCUGGCGGCAGCUCGGCAGCUGUUCGGCGAUAUUUCGCGCGACCGCGUGCUGGAGCUGAACGCAUCCGACGAGCGCGGCAUACAGGUCAUCCGGGACAAAGUCAAGUCAUUUGCGCAACUCACAGUCAGCGGCACUAGGCCUGAUGGAAGGCCGUGCCCUCCAUACAAGCUGGUGAUACUGGACGAGGCGGACUCCAUGACCACCGCCGCGCAGGCGGCGCUCCGCCGCACCAUGGAGCGCGAGACGCGCACUACACGCUUCUGUCUAAUCUGCAACUACGUGUCUCGUAUCAUUCCGCCGAUCACGAGUCGCUGCUCCAAGUUCAGAUUUAAGCCACUGGCGAGAGAGAAUGUUAUUAUAAGGCUGCGAGAGAUCUGCGAGUGGGAGGGCGUGGAGAUCGGCGACGGGUCGGUGCUGGAGCAGGCGGUGGGCACGUGCGAGGGCGACCUGCGCCGCGCGCUCACCGCGCUGCAGUGCUGCCAGCGCCUGCUCGGGAAGAUCACGGCCGAGGGGCUCGUUGAGGUGACUGGUUUGGUACCUGAAAAAUUAGUCAACGAGUAUUUGGCCAUCAAGAACUACGGGGAACUGGAACAGUUUGUUGAGAAUUUCCUAAUGGAAGCGUAUUCGGCGUCGCAGCUUCUGGAGCAGGCGUCGGCGGCGGUGGUGUGCGCCGAGCACCUGACCAACCGGCAGAAGGUGCGCAUCAGCGAGAAGCUGGCGGGCUGCGCGCACCGCCUGCAGGACGGCGGCGCCGAGGCCAUGCAGCUCACCGACCUGGGCUGCGCCAUCAUCAUGGCCAACAACGACCCCUGAUCCCUCGUGCCUCCACUUAUUCAUACUCUGUUAUCUUGUAACCGUCACCACUAUUUUUUACAGUAUAUGUCGUAAUAGUACGGGUCGAAUUGAAUUAAGGAACAUAUUAAGCUUAUUGCCCUGUAGGUAUCUAACGGUCAAAAGGAUUAUUCAUGCCGCGAAUGUGUUGACAAUUGUCAAAACUACCUAAAGCCGACAUUUGUUACAUUGA